GGCCUGCAUACUGACACUCACAUACUCUCCCGAUGGUUGUUUCUUGGCCAGCGCAGGGCUAGAUUGGAAAAUUCGAGUGUGGGACACCAGGGACGGUGCACCGGCCAUAGAGCCUCUGAAGGGCCACCGACACAGUAUCUCCGCUCUGUGCUUCUCAGUUGACAGCCAAAGGAUUGUCAGCGUAUCGGAGGACAGAAGUAUGCGUAUGUGGGAUAUAUCAACUGGACAAUGCUGUACUGGUCCUCGUUACAACAAGGAGCCUCUUUGGUCAGUGGCAAGCUCGCCUGACGGACGAUGUGCUGCGUUGGGUGGAAGUAAUGGCACUCUCUUCGUGCGGGAUAUUGACUCGGGGAAGCUCCUUGUACCAAAGAAUGCAGAGUAUACGUCUACGACAGGAGAAAUGAUGUCUUCAAAUUAUCAAACGAGGACUAUUGCAUGGUUUCCAAAUGGACUACAGUUUGCAAGUGCAGGAGCAGACUAUGUCGUCAGAAUUUGGAGUGCGGAGACAGGCGAUUGUAUUGGUGACGCCUUCGUCUACCACACUGGAACCAUCUGUUCUAUCGACAUUUCUUCCGACGGCUCAUCGUUGGCCAGCGGAUCCGAGGACAAAACUGUUUGCCUGUGGAACCGGGACUCCAGGGAACUUGCUCUCGAUCCUCUCACGGGACAUACGGACACGGUCACUGCCGUCAUAUUUACCCCCGACGACGCUCGUCUCAUCAGCGGCAGCAACGAUGGCACAAUACGUGAAUGGGACCGAUGGACUGGGAGCUCGCUUCGUGUCGUAAAAACGCACGAACAGCCAGAAGCUAUCCAAACCUUGAGUUUGUCUCCUGACGGCUUUAAGCUGGCGAAUGGCUCGACUGACGGCACGGUACACUUAUGGGACUGGACUACCGACUCGUCGUUAGCGGCAUCGUUUGCCCACAGUGGCAGAGUUGAGGCUCUUUGCUUCUCACCGGACGGCAGGCACUUGUUUAGUGGGUCAGACGAGCACACUGUCCGGGUAUGGGACGUUGUCACUGAAAAGGAUGUCCACGAAAUUUCCUACGAGCAUGAUGUGCGCUACGUGGAUUAUGCGCCAGACGGUUCCACCUUCCUCACCGUACCAGAAUCACGGGUUUGUAUAUAUGAUGCAAGCAACCGAAGACUUACGUGAGAUGGAGCACGAGAGCCCGGUUCUCGUCGCUUCGUACUCUCCGGACGGUUCUUGCAUUGCGACAGGCACAAACCUUGGGUAUGUCAGGCUCUGGGAGACGGCGACCGGAAGACUGAUCCUGGGUAAAUCGGAGAAAGUGCCCGUCCACGAAGAAUCCGAAUCGAAAGAGGUACAUCGAGAGCGGGCCAUAUCACUUACCGAGAGCUUUAUGGACGUAAGUGGCUUUAUAACUAGCACUUACAGAUGACUGGGUCUUUCUCAGCUUCCAGCCACAAUUCGAAAACCAGCCCGUAUACACCGAGAACGCGUGGACAGAAGCCUUCUUAACUACGACGAGAAGAAGCUGAGUGGGCGUGUCUCCCCUCCGCUCGCGUCGAUUUGCGAUCAUAUACUCCGCUAAAGCGAAAGAGCAUCUCGCAGGGGUUCUAGAUCCUCGUCAGCGCGAAAGCGACGGCGAAGACUCGGAGCAUGACGAACGGGAAAACGACAACACCAACCGCCCCCCGUCUCGAAACUCUAUCGAGUCUGUGGGUUCUAUGGAUCGAGUUCACGGGUGCUGGUGCCUCCCUUCUCGACGCCGAUAAGCCACGGACAUGCCAUAUGCCACUGGCCUCGCAGAACAUCAGUUUUGCACGGUUGGUUAUCAACAUCUUUUUUCUAUAGAGAACCAUACAGCACG